AUGGAUGCUAUUCCGUCAAUGGAGGAGGUUAGAGAAGCUUUUUUUGAUUUGGGAGCGGAUUCUGCACCUGGCCCUGAUGGAUUUACAGCUAGGGAGAUGCCUUCUAUGUGUCGACUAUGCAGGGAUGAUUGCGAAGAUGUUAGCCAUAUUACUUGGCAUUGCAAAAUUGCUAAGCGGAUUUGGAGUUGGGCAGCUGCUAUUUUUAAGAUAAAACCGAACGAGGAUCUCGUGGCCUCUUACAAGGAGGCAAAGGGGCGGAGUAGAAUGAUAAAAGACCUGUGGCUUGUUGCUAAUCUUGCAAUAGUUACGGAAUUGUGGAAGUUGCGUAACAAAGCUUAUUUCGAUAACAUGCGGGUUCGUUGGCUGGAAUUUAAAGGAAGGGUUCAUCAGGUAAUUCGUGAUAACUCUAUUAGAAUGAAGGGCCAUAUGCAUAAUACUUUGGAUGAUCUGCGUAUUGUGAAUUUCUUUACAGUGAAGCAUAGAUCUUGCGAUCACUCUGAUCCAAUUGAAGUUACUUGGAUGCCACCGAAUCCUGGUGAGAUUAUGAUCUGUUGUGAUGGUGCUUCUCUUGGCAACCCGGGGCAAGCUGGUUCUGGUGUAGUCAUCCGUGAUUCCAACUCGGUAAUUUUGUGA